UUCGUAAAUUGAUUUUUUUGGGUGAUGGCAUCAGUCGAUUGAUUUGUUUGGUAGAUGUCAAAUCACUUUCCUUAUGCUUUUGCAUACGUUUGUUUGGAAUUUACGAACGCCAGCAUCGAUAAAAAAAAAUCACUUCGAUAGAAAAAAUCUAUUUACGAACACGCCGUAAAACAGUUUUUACGGUUUCUACGCAAUAGUUAUACUUGAAUAUUUUUUCCCAAGUAGUUUGUUUGGAUUUGAACUUGAGAUAAACGUAGCGUAAAUGUCGCAAGAUGUCACCGAUAACGAGGGUGUCCCCGAUAGUGAGUACAGCGAUACGGUAAAGGCCCUUUCUGCUAGCCUGUUACAGACGUACGAACCCAUCCUCAACGAAGUCAAGGCAAAUUUGAAAGAACUUUUGAACAAACAAAACGAUAUACAGAUAGCAAUAACGGAAGAAAAACAAGCAUUAACGGAACCGGAAGUACAGGAGAUAAACGAAAUGGCCAAUAAAGCCAAACUUUAUAAAGAGAAAGCGGUUCGUAUUAAGACCCAAAUGCACCAGAUCCACCAAAAGGCCAAAAGUUUGCGGGCCAAAGCACUGGAUAUGCAGGAGCUAAAAGUAAACCAAUGCGCCACCAAGCUGCAGCAACUGCACUACGAAGAAUCUCUCGUGGCCAACAGUGCCGGCAGGAGACCGCCCAACAAGCAGAGCUAGAGUUGAGCGACUCCGGCGUUCGGAACGGAGCAUUGGGAAAGGCUGAACUUCAAUCAUCUUUUUAACCAUAGCGUUUUUAAAUAUUCCAAUUACCUAAGUGAUAAGAGCAGAAAAUGGGAUCGUUGUUUUAGGCCAGGAACAAAGUUUCAGUGUUAAGUGUUGGCUUUCGAUAGUAGAAUUUUUAGAUCGUUCACCCGGGAUGUUAUCAUAUAAAGACGGAAGGAAGACGGAAAGGAAAUCUCCAUCGCAUCGUUUUUAACGAUUUUUAAAUACUAUAUUUUAUACUUUUAAAAUGUGCUUUUAAUCAUAUCAAUAAAAUUGCAUUUAUUAUCACUGAAA